UUCUUUCUUCAACUCCCUAAACCAAAUGAGACAGACACAUUAUUAAUAAAGAGUCAUUAUGUAAUUGCAGGCUACCAGCGAGAGCUGACUUUCCAGCGAUCAGAUGGAUCAUUUAGUAUAUGGGGACAACAAGACACAGUUGGAAGCAUGUGGCUGACGGCAUUUGUUUUGAAAUCGUUCCAUCAAGCGAAAGGAUAUGUUUAUGUAUCGCAGGACGUGUUGAAUAAAGCAACUAACUGGAUCAUGCGCUAUCAAAACACUGACGGCUCUUUCAAGACGGUUGGCUCUGUACAUAGUACAUCAUUGCAGGGUGGUUCGCGGUCCAGAUAUAGUCUUACUGCAUUUGUUUUGAUUGCGCUGGCUGAAGCAGGUAAAUCACGACAGAAUAUGAACAGCCACUUCCGAAAAAGUAUAGGAAAAACAAGGUAUUUCUUAGAGACAGCAGUUAACCAUGACAACGUCACUGACAUCUAUGAUCUUGCAAUUGUCAGCUACGCACUCAGCAGGACCGGGAGUGCAAAGGCAUACGUGACUUACAAAAGACUAGAAAAACUGGCAACUAGAACUAGAGAAUUUAAAAUGUACUGGAAUCUGACGAAAACACCCCAUCAAAGUAGUUGGGAAUACAACUAUUAUCAGAGCCCUCCGUUAGAGGUUGAGGUAGCGGCAUACGCUUUGUUAUACCUCAUUGACAGUAGGCAACUAUCAACAGGAUAUCCGAUUAUGAGAUGGUUGGUUUCCCAGAGAAAUUCACUCGGAGGCUUCCGGUCAACUCAGGACACAGUUCUUGGACUUCAAGCGAUGUCUGAGUAUGGGGCUUUGUUUAAAGAUAGCCUUGACCUUAACAUUGCUGUGUCGUCAGACGGCUUUGUCCAACAAGUUCAUAUUGAGCAAGCAGAUGCAAUGGUGCUUAAACUGAUCGAUAUACCACACACUGCAAUAUUGAGGGGUAACAAUAGCGGUAACCACGUCCCGGCUGUAACCCUUACUGCAAACGGAAGAGGUUCAGUAUUAGUUCAAGUUUCCGUCACCUUUAAUGUUGAGAGUGAGGUUUCGCUACCGGCCUUUAAUAUAACUUACAACAUUUUCGAAGAAACUAUUCGUUCAAUGAUCCUCCGUGCUUGCGCAAGAUAUUUACCUCAACGAUUUACAAGUGCUGGUAUGGCCGUUAUGGAAAUAGAUAUUCCAUCCGGGUUCUCUGCUGACCUUGAAAGUUCAAAAUCCAAACUUGAUAAUGCCAAGAAAACUGAAAUAAGGGACGAUAAAACAGUAGUUUUAUACUACGAUGAGAUUUUGCCGACAUAUCCAAGUACAUGUGCCACCUUGGAACUAUUAAGGACGGAUCUAGUUGCGAAGACAAAACCGGCGGCCAUCCGGGUGUUUGAUUAUUAUAAACCAGAAAACCGAGCUUUAGCAUUCUACCAAUCCACCCUUCUGAAAGACAUAUCUGUUUGUCACCUGUGCAGUACUUGCGGCUGUAUCUGAACCUCUUUUACUGAUAAAAAUAGCAUGAUGUCAUGGCAAUGUAAACUCAGCAACAUCAAAGUUCUAUUUCUUUU